UUUUGAUUGCGUGAUCUCUAAGCAUUUCUUUCUCGCUUUUUUCCCCAAAAUUUAUUGAUUCGGUUGCAUCGGUUGGUGCUGUUUGUUGAUCUAUAUAAGAUCUCGGAUUUUGGGGAACAAUCUCAAGUGUAAUCAGUUGAAAUUUUCGUUUGAUUUGCAAAUUAAUCAGAUCAAAUGGCGGGAAAUGGGAGUCCGGCGACCAAGGCGCCUCCGAGCCCUUCGCCAUUGAGAAACUCGAAGUUUUUCAAGUCCAAUAUGAGAAUUUUGGUCACCGGAGGAGCUGGAUUCAUUGGGUCUCAUUUGGUGGACAAAUUAAUGGAGAAUGAAAAGAAUGAGGUGAUUGUUGCUGACAACUACUUUACUGGUUCCAAAGACAAUCUUAAAAAGUGGAUUGGCCACCCAAGAUUUGAGCUCAUCCGGCACGAUGUCACGGAGCCAUUGCUUGUUGAGGUUGAUCGGAUCUAUCAUCUUGCCUGCCCAGCAUCUCCUAUUUUCUAUAAGUAUAACCCUGUGAAGACUAUAAAGACAAAUGUCAUUGGCACAUUGAACAUGUUGGGACUUGCAAAGAGAGUCGGAGCAAGGAUUUUGCUAACAUCAACUUCAGAGGUUUAUGGUGAUCCACUUGAGCAUCCUCAGACGGAGGAGUAUUGGGGUAAUGUCAACCCAAUUGGAGUCAGGAGUUGCUACGAUGAGGGGAAGCGUGUGGCAGAGACUUUAAUGUUUGAUUACCAUAGGCAGCAUGGGAUAGAAAUUCGAAUUGCUAGAAUUUUCAACACAUACGGACCACGAAUGAACAUUGAUGAUGGUCGGGUGGUUAGUAACUUCAUCGCUCAAGCACUUAGGGGUGAAUCCUUGACAGUCCAAUUACCAGGGACGCAAACUCGAAGUUUCUGUUAUGUUUCUGACAUGGUUGAUGGCCUUAUCCGAUUGAUGGAAGGACAAAACACAGGUCCAAUCAAUAUUGGAAACCCAGGUGAAUUUACGAUGAUGGAACUUGCAGAAACUGUGAAAGAGUUGAUCAACCCUGGGGUUGAUUUGAAAGUCGUGGAGAACACACCUGAUGAUCCUCGCCAGAGGAAGCCGGACAUUACAAAAGCCAAGGAAUUGCUCGGAUGGGAGCCUAAGGUCACCUUGCGUGAAGGGCUCCCUCUCAUGGAGGAGGAUUUUCGUCGCAGGCUUGGUGCUGCGAAAAAGGCUUGAUGAUAAGCUCGAGCAGCAAACAUUUUGAAGGCUACAUGAAAUUAUAAGUUUUGAUUGGGAGAUCCACAGCGGUUUACGUCUUUUUACGAGCUUAUUGCCUUGAAAAUCUUCUUUUAGAAUAAAUUGUUGGUUAGGUUGGCCAGGUAUGUGGUAAUUGUUUGCACAAUUGAAGGGUUUGUUUGUUCGUU